AUGUCAGAAAAUGAGAAUGUGAAAGUUUUGUUGUUGGAGGCAGGCAGUGAGCACCACUCAAAAAAUGUUCUAGAUAUUCCAGCCAUGUCUUCCGAGCACCACGGUACUUUUAUGGAUUGGAAUUAUAAGAUUGAACCUCAAAAAUAUGCCUGCAAAAGUUUUAUUAACAAUCAAAUAAAUUGGCCUCAAGGUCGUAUGUUGGGUGGCACGGAUGGAUUCAACCACAUGAUUUACAUUCGAGGUAAUCCGAGAGAUUAUGAUGAGUGGGCGUUAAAUGGGUGCAGUGGGUGGAGUUACGAAGAUGUGCUGCCCUAUUUCAUCAAAGCUGAAAACAAUAAAAACAUGUAUUACAAACAAUCUGAUUACCAUGGUAGUCAGGGACCCUUGUCAGUCUCUGACAUGUCAUCAACUCUGCUCUCAGAAAAGUUUAUAAUGGCUGCAAAAGAGAUGAAAUAUGAUAGAUUGGAUGUCAAUGGACCAAAACAACUAGGAGUCAGUUUAAUUCAGGGUUUGACAUCUUGGGGUAAAAGAGAAGGAGUGUUGAAUGCCUACUUAUACCCAUCUAUGAACAGGGACAAUUUGCAUGUUGCUACGCAUGCCUAUGUCAGAAAGGUUUUAUUUAAAGGCAAUCAAGCUGUAGGUAUUGAAUUAUUUUGGAAUAAAACCAUCAGGCAAGUAAGAGCCAUCAAAGAAGUAAUAUUGAGUGCCGGAGUUAUUGGUUCACCACAUAUACUCAUGCUUUCAGGAAUUGGUCCUCAAAAACAUCUCAAGAAAUUUGAUAUUCCAGUCAUCAUGGAUUUGCCAGUUGGAAGGAACCUACAGGAUCAUGUGACUGUCCUCGGUUUAGAGUUCACCAUCAAGAACAAGAUAGCCACCACUGACAAAAAAACAAAAUCUCUUUCUGUACUUUUUGAUUACCUUAUUUUUGGGAAAGGUGUUCUAACAACAUCGGGUUAUGAAGCCACUGGAUUCUUCACAAGUGCCAUUCAACCUUCCAACAUUACAUAUCCCUUCAUACAAGUUCAUCUUUUCAACUCAAUGUUAGGCACUGUUAUGUCUGAAGAGAGGCUGACUGCGAUAAAAAGCAGAUUAAACAUGAACAAUAAGGUGUUCACCAGUUUAUUUGGUGACAUGAUGUACAAUGAAGGUUUCACUCUCUACCCCAUUCUUCUUCACCCAAGAAGUCGAGGCUCAGUAACUCUCAACUCUUCCAAUCCUUAUGACAAACCAAUAAUUGACCCAAACUAUUUGUCAGAAGAUCAAGAUGUUCAAAUUCUUUUAGAAGGCAUUAGAUUAUCUGAAAGAAUAGUGUCAACAAAGGAAAUGAAAACGAUAGGUGCAGAAAGAUCAUCGAGAAGGCAUCCAUUUUGUGAACAGCACGAAGAUGGAAGUGACGAAUACUGGAGUUGUUUCAUUCGACACAACACAAUGUCCAUGCAUCACGGAGUUGGAACAUGUAAGAUGGGUGCUGCUGGAGAUAUCGGUGCUGUCGUUGAUGAUCAGUUGAGAGUCAGAGGUGUGAAAAAGUUAAGAGUUGUUGAUGCCUCUGUCAUCCCGAAUAUCAUAUCAGGAGAUAUCAAUGCAGCUGUAAUAAUGAUAGCAGAAAAAGCAGCGGACCUCAUCCUCAAUCGCAAAACUGUUAAGAAGUUUGGAGAGAAGGAAACACAUGAUGAGUGGCACGAGAGGAUUCAUAAGAAAGAUGAAUUGUGA